UCAGUUCCAGGUGUCACUUUCAGUAGUUUUCUGUUUAUACUUUACUGUUCCAUUAAGGUAUUUUUAGUUUUAUCAUUUAAAACCUGUUACACGAGCUUUAAAGAAAUGUAAACUAAAACUACAUGAGAUACUAUUAGUUUACAUUAAGAAUUUUGUCAAUUCCAAGAGUUGGUGUUACCAUUUUGGAAAAUAAUUUGGUAUCACCUAGUAAAGCUGAACAUGUGCUUAUCCUAUGACCCAGCAGCUCAACUCUUAGGUAAAUACCCUAGAAAGAGCAUAAGCAAAUGUGUAUGGGGGAUAUCUACAAGAAUGUUCAAAGCAGUGUUUUUCAUUACAGCCCAAAAUUGGAAACAACCUAAAUCUCCAUCAGUAGUAAAUUGGAUAAAUUGUGGUGUGUUCAUGUAGUGGAAUACCAUUCUACAGGGACAAUGAACUACAGCUUCUUGGUGAAUAUUUGGAUGAAGCCAUUAAAUUAAUUGUUUGCCAUCAUGAGCAGAAGCAAGCGUGACAGCAAUUUUUAUAGUGUAGAGAUUGGAGAUUCUACAUUUACAGUUUUGAAACGAUAUCAGAAUUUAAAACCUAUAGGCUCAGGAGCUCAAGGAAUAGUAUGUGCAGCUUAUGAUGCCAUUCUUGAAAGAAAUGUUGCAAUCAAGAAGCUGAGCCGGCCUUUUCAGAAUCAGACUCAUGCUAAACGGGCUUACAGAGAGCUAGUUCUAAUGAAAUGUGUUAAUCACAAAAACAUAAUUGGCCUUUUGAAUGUUUUCACACCACAGAAAUCCCUAGAAGAAUUUCAAGAUGUUUACAUAGUCAUGGAGCUCAUGGAUGCAAAUCUUUGCCAAGUGAUUCAGAUGGAACUAGAUCAUGAAAGAAUGUCCUACCUUCUCUAUCAGAUGCUGUGUGGAAUCAAGCACCUUCACUCUGCUGGAAUUAUUCAUCGGGACUUAAAGCCCAGUAAUAUAGUGGUAAAAUCAGACUGCACUUUGAAGAUUCUUGACUUUGGACUGGCCAGGACUGCAGGAACUAGUUUUAUGAUGACGCCUUACGUAGUGACUCGCUACUACAGAGCACCUGAGGUCAUCCUAGGGAUGGGCUACAAAGAAAACGUUGACAUUUGGUCAGUUGGGUGCAUCAUGGGAGAAAUGAUCAAAGGUGGUGUUUUGUUCCCAGGUACAGAUCAUAUUGAUCAGUGGAAUAAAGUUAUUGAACAGCUUGGAACACCAUGCCCUGAAUUCAUGAAGAAACUACAACCAACAGUAAGGACUUACGUUGAAAACAGACCUAAAUAUGCUGGAUAUAGCUUUGAGAAACUCUUCCCCGAUGUACUUUUCCCAGCUGACUCGGAACACAACAAACUUAAAGCCAGUCAGGCAAGGGACUUGUUAUCCAAAAUGCUGGUAAUUGAUGCAUCUAAAAGGAUCUCUGUAGAUGAAGCCCUCCAGCAUCCAUAUAUCAAUGUCUGGUAUGAUCCUUCUGAAGCAGAAGCUCCACCACCCAAGAUACCUGACAAGCAAUUAGAUGAAAGGGAACAUACAAUAGAAGAGUGGAAAGAGUUGAUAUACAAAGAAGUUAUGGACUUGGAGGAGAGAACCAAGAAUGGAGUUAUACGGGGGCAGCCCUCUCCUUUAGGUGCAGCAGUGAUCAAUGGCUCUCAGCAUCCAUCGUCAUCAUCGUCUGUCAAUGAUGUGUCUUCAAUGUCAACAGAUCCGACUUUGGCCUCAGAUACAGAUAGCAGUCUGGAAGCAUCAGCUGGACCUCUGGGCUGUUGUAGAUGACUACUUGGGCCUUGGCAGGGGGGUGGGGGGAUGGGGAGUCGUUUAGUCAUUGAUAGAACUACUUUGAAAACAAUUCAGUGGUCUUAUUUUUGAGUGAUUUUUCAAAAAUGUAGAAUUCAUUUUGUAGUAAAGUAGUUUAUUUUUUUUAAUUUCAAGUGAUGUAAUUUAAAACUUAAGUUGUGUUUUAAAACAGCAACAAAACUAUUGUAUUUUUGCUGUAAUUAACUGUAUAAUGUAAACCUAAUUAUUUUAUCAUGGUUUAAAAUUUUUGCAUAUUUGCUUUAUCUUAUGCUGCUGAUUUUUUUUUUACUGAAUUUGUAAGAUUUUGUUUAUCAAAGCAACUAUUAUGUGGUGACUUGCCUAUAUCAUGAAUUAUUUAAGAUUUUUAUAGGUUUUUUUUAUUAGAAUUUUAUUUCAAAUGUUUUGUUCAUGAUGCUAUCCUUCAGGGUUAUGUGCUUAUCAAUGAAAUAACCCCAGAGGAGUGAGGGAAAAUAACCUGUAGCCAGUUGUAUUCAGGAAUAACUACUGUAAAUGAUGAACGUGUUAAAAAACCUCCAAUAUUUGCUACUUGCCAAUCUUAAUUUAAUUUCAACAAUUGGUAGGUAAUCCUACAUCCUACAUUGUUUUUUGGCAAAAGCCCCAUCAUCUAAAUGACAGAAUAACUCAGAGCAUGUCUUUGAAGAUGCUGGGCGUCUACCACCACCCUCCUAUUCCCCGCCCCCCCCCCCACCCCACACAACAGAAGCCAAGUAAAAAGAAUAUGGUAUUUUCUGCAAAUUUGUGGCAUGCUCAAAGAUUAUGAUCACAUAAAGUCAAGAGGAUACUUCAUGAAUAAUACAUUUCAAUGCAAAUAAACAGAUGGUUCACUUCUACUAGCUAUGAGCCUGUUUUUGUAUACACUGAGUUAAUCUACUCAGGCUGUAGGUCCCAGCUGUGGUCUAGAGUCUGGUCUUUCCCUUUCCUGCAGCCUCAGGCCCUUGGACCUGGGACCUUUCUGGUUUCCUAGCAUGAUAUCAGUCAGUUGAGCACCAGUUCUCAAGGCGUUUCUGGCCAUUUGAUUCUACCUGUAGCAUAAUCCUAUUUAUACUAGCUGUCAGGAGGUUCCGAAGCCUACUUCAAUUUCUGUAGGUGAUGUAUCAAAUGAGCAAUAUACCGUUCAUCUGAAAAUAGUAGCACACAGCCAUAUAUAGGAUAUCAUUUUCUAAGGACUGUUUCUUCACAUUGAGCAGAGCAGGCAUAAGUGGUGGUUAUUCAGUCUGAGUCUUUGUUUUUUUUAUACCUGAUUUUCAAUAAAACAUGCAAUGUGGAUGUUGAGUAGGGUAAGAAUGGUGCUGCUCCUGACAAGUGUAUGUUAACUGUUUACAUUUUCUAUCUGCGGAAUUAUUUCUCCACAACUGAAUUUUUCGUAAGUAAAUGUCAUUGAAAUCUCA